AUGUUUGGAGAUGAUAGUUUAAGAUCACAAUGUGUAAAGUUCUUUGUUGACUAUCAUCGAUAUAAAUAUGUACAUUAUUUCGAUGUACAAGGUUAUAUCAAGUUCAUUGUCGAUGUCUUCUUUGAUCCUGAAUUAGAUGUGGUAGAGAAUAUGUCAUCAUUUUACUGUAAAGAUAUACCAACGAUAACGGAUAUAUACAAUUAUAUGAUCAUGGAUAAAAGAGUAACUAAAAAUAUUAAUAGUAAAACAUUAAUGAUCAUAAAUAUACUAAUUUAUUUAACAAAGAAAUUGAAAGCUGAUCAAUUAAAGAAAAGAAUGAAAAUCUAUACACCAUGUUUCAGAAAUGGUCUCGAUGACUAUAUAUACAACAAUGAAACAACACAUGCUUGUCAGGAUGAUGAAGAUCAAGAUGUAUAUCAAUAUCUACUCGAUCAUAUAUGUAGUAUGAAUAUAAAACUUGAUGAUAGAGAUAGUGAUGAUGAUGAUGGAGAUUACUAUGAUAGUGAAGAUGAAGAGGAUGAAGAAGAGGAAGAAGAGGAAGAAGAAUAA